CUUCCAUCCAUUGUCUCAUUUUUUUCGAGGAUCUGCACUGCAAAACUAAACGAUGACGGUAAAAACUGUUGGAUUAGAGUUCAGAGGGGCCGCGCGUACACAGCCCCAUUACCACAAAUUACGACGUACAAUCUCCACGAUGGGAGAUGUUAGGCGAGUGCACCUCCAAAGUGCAAUGGAGGCCACCCACCUAGGCCAUGGGCCUUCUUGAUCACCCAUUCGACCCCGUCCAGAAUGUCUCUAUGGUGUACCCAAAAGCUGCCUACUCACUGUUUAUGUCUCUUGGUCUCUUUUCCGGUUUUUCCUUCAUCCGCCCAGUGACAUGCAUAUGGAACAAAACAAUGACUAUAGCUUGACUUAAAGAAUUUGAAAAGAAAAUGGCUUCCAGUAGGCUAGGCCCCAGAGAAGUGAGGAGCCAAAGUCCAUUGGAUGUAAACUCUGUUUAGCAUUAUCUCUCUCAAAACAAUACAAUAUCCAGCAUAAACAACUCAACCACUUUCUUUUUCUUCUUGCAGAGAUAAGAAAGAUUGUGCUGAAAUGUUGGGUUACUGAAUCUGUUACCAGACAUUUUACAUCUUUUCCUCAUUUUCCGUGCAACUAAGAUGCGUGCAGUUUAAAAGGAUAUUAUGGAGGGCCAAUGUGCAAUCAAGAAAGAUGUCACUGAAUUAAUCGGAAAUACCCCAAUGGUAUACCUGAACAAUGUCGUGGAAGGUUGUGUAGCUCGAAUUGCUGCCAAGCUCGAGAUGAUGGAACCCUGCUGUAGUGUGAAAGACAGGAUUGCAUAUAGUAUGAUCAAGGACGCAGAGGAUAAAGGUCUAAUAACUCCGGGGAAGACUGUUCUCAUUGAGCCCACAAGUGGAAACACUGGCAUUGGAUUGGCAUUCAUCGCAGCAAGCAAGGGUUACAAGCUGAAGUUAGUCAUGCCGUCUGUAAUGAGUCUUGAAAAAAGAAUUGUGCUCUUAGCUUUUGGAGCUGAGGUUUACCUCACAGAUUGGGCCAAAGGCUUUAAGGGAAGUCUAGAUAAGGUUGAGGAGUUGCUACGUGACACACCUAAUAGUCAUACGCUUCAGCAAUUUGAAAACCCUGCCAAUCCAAAGAUUCAUUAUGAAACCACCGGCCCGGAGAUAUGGAGAGACUCGGCAGGGAAAGUUGAUAUCUUGGUUUCGGGGAUAGGAACUGGUGGUACAGUAACUGGUGUAGGGAAGUUUCUUAAAGAGCAAAAUCCAGGGAUCAAGGUUUACGGUGUAGAACCAAUUGAGAGUGCAGUCUUAAAUGGUGGUCCACCUGGGAAGCAUCUGAUCCAAGGACUUGGUGCCGGCAUCAUACCUCAAGUGCUCGAUGUUAACCUGCCUGAUAAAGUUAUUACAGUAUCCAGUGAGGAAUCUAUCGAGACUGCUAAGCUGCUUGCCCUAAAAGAAGGUCUUUUGGUGGGAAUCUCAUCUGGUGCUGCGGCAGCAGCAGCAAUAAAGUUGGCAAAAAAGCAAGAAAAUGCCGGAAAACUAAUAGUUGUCGUGUUCCCCAGUUUCGGAGAGCGGUAUCUGUCUACUGCACUCUUUGAUACCAUUAGGCAUGAGGCAGAAAACAUGACUUUUUGACAGCAUUGCCAAUGUAAUAAACUGCUUUGCGCUUUUGGGUCCUUGGUCAUUGAAAAUUUGGAAUAAUACAUAGACUAGUUCUUUGUAUGGCAUCAUGAUCGUGAAGCAGUCACUUACAGAUCCUUGUUAUUCUCAUUGGAUCAAGGGCUCUUUCUCUGUCUUUCUAUCUUGAACACAGUUCUAUUCAAAGUUUCAAACCAUCAAUAAUACAAAGUACUAUUUUCAGUA